AUGCGACAAGUUGACAGGCAUGAGAAGUAUCUUGGUAUACCGACAAUUGUGGGAAGGUCGAAGAAGGCAAUUUUUGAGGCGGUUAUUGACAGGAUUUGGAAGAAACUCCAAGGAUGGAAGGAAAAGCUAUUAUCUAGAGCCGGCAAGGAAAUUCUUCUUAAGUCGGUUAUUCAAGAAAUUCCGACUUAUUUGAUGGGGGUUUAUAAGUUCCCAAGAGACACUAUUCAACGGAUCCAAUCGGCUAUGGCUAGGUUUUGGUGGGGGUCGGAUGGUUUCAAAAGGAAGACUCAUUGGAGGAGUUGGGAUGAUAUGUGCACUUUGAAAUGUUUUGGGGGUAUGGGAUUCAAGGAUCUUGGUGUUUUUAAUGACGCAUUGUUAGGACGCCAAGCGUGGAGACUAGUUAAGGCCUCGAACUCCCUUCUUGGCCGUAUUUUUAAGGCCAAAUAUUAUCCCCGUAGUGAGUUUCUUGAGUCUUCUCUCGGGUUUGCUGGCAGCUUUUCAUGGAGGAGUAUCUGGUCCUCUAAAGCUCUCAUCAAAGAAGGUAUAAUAUGGAAGAUUGGGAAUGGGAAAAAGGUAAACUUAUGGAGUGAACCGUGGGUUGCUGACGAGGGAGAGCUUCAGUGA